AUGGGUAAACAUCAGCAGGACAAAACUAAAACUCUACCAGUGGUAAAUAAAGACACCGUUCCAGGACAGGAUAUUUUGGAUUUAUUCAAAGUAACCUUUCCUGAUGAGUUGUAUGGCGAUGAGCUAGAUUUGCAUGAGUACGUUCAAGCAGUGAAAGCAGAUCUAUAUGAAAGAGCAUAUACCAAGGCUUUUGAUUCGAGUAAAAAACGUGUAGCUUACUGUUGUAGGUGGUCACCGUCUAGAGCUGUGGCAUACUCUUCGCUCUUCGCAAGCCUAAAGCCAGUGAAGAACGUGUUACAGUGUAAGAAUCCAGAUGAUGACGAUGAAGAGUAUGAUUCGGAAAGUGAUGACGAUACUCAAGAAAUCACAAAACAACUCGAAAAUCUAGACAUUGAUCCAAUAUGUUCGAAUGUCUUGUGUAUUGGAGGUGGUGCCGGUGGAGAACUCGUCGCGUUGGCAUCCAUAUUUGCACCAUCAAGAGAUUAUAAUUCAAAAUUCUCAGCAGACAAAAAAGACAUGAAAUGUAGUCGUAUGAACGUUCAAGUUGUGGAUAUUGCAGAUUGGAGUGAUAUUGUUGAAAGAAUAGAUGAUUCCAUUAAAUCCAAUUGGCUACGGUCGCAAUCUGACAAUUUUGACAUUUCUUUCAAACACGCAGACAUUUUAAGUCUGACAGCUGAACAAUUGAACUUAAGCAGUCUAAAUUUAAUAACGCUGCUAUUUACUACCAAUGAAUUAUUCAUGGAAAACAAAGCGAAAAGCAUCAGGUUUUUACAAAAACUGAAUGCGCAAUGUUCGUCUGGGACAUAUCUAUUAAUCGUCGAAAGCGCAGGUUCUUUCUCUCAUAUUGAAGUGGGAUCGAAGAAAUUUCCAAUUCAAUUCUUAAUAGAUACAAUCCUUCAGGGGAAAAGAGGAGAAGAAGCAGACGGAAACUGGACGCUAGUAGGCAUGGAUGAUUCGAUUUGGUAUCGUUGUGAUGAGAAAUUUGACUAUAGACUCAAACUCGAAAACAUGAGAUUCUUCUACAGAUUGUAUAAGAAGAAAUAA